AUGGCUAAGCUUCUUGCGCUUUCUGUUUGCUUUUGCUUUCUAGUUCUGGGAGCUAGCAGCGUCACCUUCAGGCAGCAGGGGGAGGAGAAUGAGUGCCAGUUCCAGCGCCUCAAUGCCCAGAGACCCGACAACCGCAUUGAGUCUGAAGGCGGUUAUAUUGAGACUUGGAACCCCAACAACCAGGAGUUCCAGUGCGCCGGCGUCGCCCUCUCUCGUUUCGUCCUCCGCCGCAACGCCCUUCGAAGGCCUUUCUACUCCAAUGCUCCCCAGGAGAUCUUCAUCUACCAAGGGAGUGGUUAUUUUGGGUUGAUAUUCCCUGGUUGUCCUGGCACAUUUGAAGAGCCAAUUCAGGGAUCUGAACAAUUCCAAAGCCAAAGGCCACUGGACACUCACCAAAAGGUUCACAGCUUCAGAGAGGGUGAUCUCAUCGCUGUUCCCCACGGCGUUGCUUUCUGGAUCUACAACGACCAAGACACUGAUGUUGUUGCCAUUUCUGUUUUACACACCAACAGCCUCCACAACCAACUUGACCAGUUCCCCAGGAGGUUCAAUUUAGCUGGAAAGCAAGAGCAAGAAUUCCUAAGAUACCAGCAAGAACAAGAAAAUGAAGUCGGCAACGUCUUUAGCGGCUUCUCAACAGAAUUCCUCUUACAUGGCUUCCAAGUGAACGAGGAGAUAGUGAGGAACCUAAGAGGAGAAAACGAAGGCGAGGAGCAAGGAGGCAUUGUGACAGUAAAGGGAGGCCUUAGCAUCUUAGUUCCAGCAGAGAGGAGGCAGAGAAGAGGCGACAGAGACUUCAACAACGGCAUUGAAGAAACCAUUUGCACUGCAAGUGUUAAGAUGAACAUUGGCAAAUCCACAUCUGCUGAUAUCUACAACCCUCAAGCUGGUAGCGUCAGAACUGUAAACGAACUCGACCUCCCAAUCCUCAAUCGACUCGGACUCUGUGCCGAGUAUGGAUCCAUUCAUCGGGAUGCAAUGUUUGUUCCUCACUACAACAUGAACGCAAACAGCAUAAUAUAUGCAUUGCACGGAGGAGCUCAUGUCCAAGUGGUGGACUGCAAUGGCAAUAGAGUGUUCGACGAGGAGCUUCAAGAGGGUCAAUCGCUGGUGGUGCCACAGAACUUCGCCGUGGCUGCAAAGUCACAGAGCGAGCACUUCUUGUACGUCGCAUUCAAGACAAACUCAAGGGCCAGCAUAUCCAACCUUGCCGGCAAAAACUCCUACAUGUGGAACUUGCCUGAAGAUGUGGUUGCAAAUUCAUAUGGCCUACAAUAUGAGCAAGCAAGACAACUCAAGAACAAUAACCCCUUCACGUUCUUGGUUCCACCUCAAGACUCUCAGAUGAUCAGGACUGUGGCUUAG